AUGGCCGAGUCGAACUCAGCCGCCGCUCCGGCGCUCAACACUCCCAUCGAGUCCCACCGCUUUGAGGAGAAGGACCGUCCUCUCGACACCGGUGUCGACGCUCCCAUCAAGCCCAAGGUCGAGGAGGAGGAGGAUGAAGAUGAGGACAUCGACGCCCUGAUCGAGGACCUCGAGUCCCAGGACGGCCACAUCGAGGAGGACGAGGAAGAGGAAACUGCCGUUGGUGGUGCCCGUGUCAUUCCUGAGGACCAGCUCGCUACCGACACCCGUCUCGGUCUCACCGAGGCUGAGGUUCUCAACCGUCGCCGCAAGUACGGUUCCAACCAGAUGAAGGAGGAGAAGGAGAACCUCAUCCUCAAGUUUUUCAUGUUCUUCGUCGGACCUAUUCAGUUCGUCAUGGAAGCCGCUGCCGUCCUCGCUGCUGGUCUCGAGGAUUGGGUUGAUUUCGGUGUCAUUAUCGCUCUUCUCCUGCUUAACGCCGUCGUUGGUUUCUACCAGGAAUUCCAGGCCGGCAGCAUUGUCGACGAACUCAAGAAGACUCUUGCCCUGAAGGCUGUCGUCCUCCGUGACGGUCAGCUCAAGGAGGUCGAGGCCCACGAGGUUGUCCCUGGUGACAUCCUCCAGGUUGAGGAUGGUACCAUCAUUCCCGCCGAUGGUCGCAUUGUCACGGACGAUGCCUUCCUUCAGGUUGAUCAGUCUGCCAUCACUGGCGAGUCCCUCGCUGUCGACAAGCACAAGGGCGACAACUGCUACGCUUCUUCUGCCGUCAAGCGUGGUGAGGCCUUCAUUGUUAUCACUGCCACCGGUGACUCUACCUUCGUCGGUCGCGCCGCUGCCCUUGUCAACGCUGCCUCUGCCGGUACCGGUCACUUCACUGAGGUCCUCAACGGCAUUGGUACUGUUCUCCUGAUCCUCGUCGUUGCCACUCUCCUCAUCGUCUGGGUUUCUGGCUUCUACCGCUCCAACGAUAUUGUCGAGAUCCUUCGCUUCACCCUCGCUAUUCUCAUCGUCGGUGUCCCCGUCGGUCUUCCCGCUGUCGUCACCACCACCAUGGCUGUCGGUGCCGCCUACCUCGCCAAGAAGAAGGCCAUCGUCCAGAAGCUGUCCGCCAUUGAGUCCCUGGCUGGUGUCGAGAUUCUCUGCUCUGACAAGACUGGUACCCUGACCAAGAACAAGCUCUCUCUUGCUGAGCCCUACACCGUCGCCGGCGUUGAGCCCGAUGACCUUAUGCUCACUGCCUGCUUGGCCGCUUCCCGCAAGAAGAAGGGUAUUGAUGCCAUUGACAAGGCCUUCCUCAAGUCCCUCCGCUACUACCCCCGCGCCAAGUCUGUUCUCUCCAAGUACUCCGUCCUUGAGUUCUUCCCCUUCGACCCCGUCUCCAAGAAGGUCACCGCCGUCGUCCAGUCUCCCCAGGGUGAGCGCAUCACCUGCGUGAAGGGCGCCCCUCUCUUCGUUCUCAAGACUGUCGAGGAGGACCACCCUCUUGACCCCGAGAUCGACAUGGCCUACAAGAACAAGGUCGCCGAGUUCGCUACCCGUGGUUUCCGUUCGCUUGGUGUCGCCCGCAAGCGUGGUGAGGGCAACUGGGAGAUUCUCGGCAUCAUGCCCUGCUCUGACCCCCCUCGUCACGACACUGCCCGCACCGUCAACGAGGCCAAGAACCUUGGUCUUUCCGUCAAGAUGCUUACUGGUGAUGCCGUUGGCAUUGCCCGUGAGACUUCCCGCCAGCUCGGUCUCGGUACCAACAUCUUCAACGCUGACCGUCUCGGUCUCGGUGGUGGUGGUGACAUGCCCGGCUCUGAGGUCUACGAUUUCGUUGAGGCUGCCGAUGGUUUCGCCGAGGUCUUCCCCCAGCACAAGUACAACGUCGUCGAGAUUCUCCAGCAGCGUGGCUACCUCGUUGCCAUGACUGGUGACGGUGUCAACGAUGCUCCCUCCCUGAAGAAGGCUGAUACUGGUAUUGCUGUCGAGGGUGCCUCUGACGCUGCCCGCUCUGCCGCCGAUAUCGUCUUCCUUGCCCCUGGUCUCGGUGCCAUCAUUGACGCCCUGAAGACUUCUCGCCAGAUUUUCCACCGCAUGUACUCCUACGUUGUCUACCGUAUUGCUCUGUCCAUCCACAUGGAGCUGUACCUCGGUCUCUGGAUUGCCAUCCUCAACCGUUCGCUGAACAUUGAGCUCGUUGUCUUCAUCGCCAUUUUCGCUGAUAUCGCUACCCUGGCCAUCGCCUAUGACAACGCUCCUUACAGCAAGGCCCCCGUCAAGUGGAACCUGCCCAAGCUUUGGGGAAUCUCUGUCAUCCUCGGCAUUGUCCUCGCCAUCGGCACCUGGAUUACCGUCACCACCAUGUACGCCCACGGCCCCAACGGUGGUAUCGUCCAGAACUUCGGUAACCUGGACGAGGUUGUCUUCCUCCAGGUCUCUCUCACUGAGAACUGGCUGAUUUUCAUCACUCGUGCCAACGGUCCCUUCUGGUCUUCCAUCCCCUCGUGGCAGCUGUCCGGUGCUAUCUUCAUCGUCGACAUCCUCGCCACCCUCUUCUGUAUCUUUGGUUGGUUCGAGCACGGCCAGACCAGCAUUGUCGCCGUUGUCCGUAUCUGGAUCUUCUCCUUCGGUGUCUUCUGCGUCUGCGCCGGUGUCUACUACAUCCUCCAGGACAAUGCCGGCUUCGACAACAUGAUGCACGGCAAGUCCCCCAAGGGCUCCCAGAAGCAGCGCUCGCUUGAGGACUUCGUUGUCUCUCUGCAGCGCGUCUCCACCCAGCACGAGAAGUCGCAGUAA